AUGGAGAGGAGCUAUGCGUCUGAUUAUAUUGGAUUUAUCUCUUUGUUUUUGGGAUAUACCUAUCUCGUCUUCACAGCCCGCCCCUUCCACCGCCUUUUCACCCUCCACGACACACGCAUCUCCUUCCCGCACGCCGAACAUGAACGUGUCCCCCUCGGCCAAGCCCUCCUCUACUCCCUCGCCACGCCCAUGAUCGUCAUGACCAUCGUCAACCUCCUCCGCCGCGCCCCCGCCCGCAACCACCACCUUAGCUUGAUGCCCUUCCUGCUCGCCAUGAUCUUGACGCCCUUCGUCACGGAGGUGAUUAAGAAUGCUGUAGGCAGGCCCAGGCCGGAUUUACUGGCAAGGUGUAUCCCCGCCAAGGGGACACCUACUGACAAGUUGGUGGGAAUUGAGGUGUGCACGCAGGAUGAUGAUUUUAUCCUACAGGACGGGUGGCGCAGCUUCCCUAGUGGACACAGCAGUUUUGCGUUUUGUGGACUGGGGUAUCUCAGUUUGUGGUUGUGUGGGCAAGCGAAGGUGUUUGUGCUUAGACAGAAGGGGGAGGAGAGGUCAGCUGUUGUGGUGAGAGGUGAUUUUAUCAAGGCGAUGGUGUGCGGCUCACCGUUGAUUGGGGCGAUUUUGAUUGCAGUCAGUCGGACGCAGGAUUAUCGGCAUGAUGUGUGGGACGUUUCGGUGGGUGCUCUAUUAGGGUUUGCGAUCGGGUGGUGGAGUUACAGGAGAUAUUGGCCCCGGCUUACCAGCCCCUACUGCAACGAGCCCUAUGCUGCGCCGCUGCCAAUCGAGGAAGCGGCGGCGGCGGCGAGGUAUGGACGGGUUAGGGACGAGGAGGAGGCUGUGAGCUUGGGAAGGGGAGAGGACAGAAAUGUAGGCUUUGAGCUGAACGAAAUAAGAUCGUAA